AAACAUAUUUUAAAAUGCAUUUAUUUUUCAGGUUUUAGAUUUAUCAUUUAAUCGCAUUAAGAAACUUAAACGCAGCUCAUUUCAACCCUACACAAGUGUUAAAUAUUUAUUACUCUAUGAGAAUAUGAUACAAUCUGUGGAACCGGGUACUUUUUCACAUUUAACAUCACUACAGGAAAUAGAUCUAUCGAAUAAUGCUCUCAUGACCAUACCUCUGGAAUUGUUGCAAUUGCCCUCUUUAAGAAAUCUAUAUAUAGAUAGUAAUGAAUUGACUUUCUUGGAAAGAGAUCUAGAGGCUUUAGAAACUCCUAUUAAAGCUCCAUUAGAAUAUUUAAAUGUAGCCGACUGUGGUCUACAAGAUAUACCCGAUUUGGGUAUAUUACCAAAACUUUGGCAUAUAAAUGCCUCUAUGAAUCCUUUAAUGGACUUAAGUAUUGAUCGUUUUGCCAAUUUGUGCAAUUUGAAGAGUAUAGAUUUAACACGCACUCAACUAUCACAGUGUCAGUGCCAGCAGGUUAAUAAUCACUUAAGAAGUUUGCAGGUGAAGACAAAAUUUGUUCCAGUUUGUGUGGGUAAGUUGAAAGAUUAUUAUCCAUUAUUCCUCAUAUGAUAGUUUAUACUAUAGAGGAGACUAUAUUCCAUAUGAUAGACAAUAUAAUAUUCCUAUUUAUGUAGAAGACCAUAGUCCAGACCAUAUUGACUAUACGAUAGUACAAGCUAGAGACAAUAGACUUGAAUAUAUUCCCGACAAUGACUAUACUAUAACCUAGACUGGAGGCAUGACAAUUAUCCAGCCAUAAGACUAAAAUAUAUUCCAAACUAUAGUUCGGACGGUAGACAAGACUAAAGUUCAAGCUACAGGUUAGACUCAAGUCUAGACUAUUGACUAGGAUUUAUUUCAGAUUAUAUGUUAUACUACAGUUCAGUCCAAAGUCCCGAUUAUAGACUAGACUGUGGUCCUGACAAUAGAUUAAGCUACAAUCCAGACUAUAGACUUAAAUAUAGUCCAGAUUAUACACAAGACUAUAGAC